CGCGCGUUCGGUCUCCUUGGCGACGGGGACGCGGCGGCGGUCGGGCGAGCGAGCGAGGCUCGAGCGGCCCUGCUCGGCUUCCCCGCGAUGCGCCCCGGAGGCUGGUAGCGCAUGCAGGGCUCGGGCUUCCCGCCGCUGGGCCACCUGCCGCACUGGCCACGCGCGGGGCAGGCGGAGCGGCCCUGCCGGCCCUUCGCGCUCGGCACCCCCGGCCUGGCCGACGCCCCCCCGCCGCCCACGCCCCCCCCGAGGCGGGCGGCCCCCGAGCUGGAGCGCAGCCUGCAGUUCUUGCAGGAGCAACACGGCGAGACGCUCCGGCAGCUGCACCAGGAGAUCGACCGGCUGAAGCGGCGCAACCAGGAUCUGCAGUACCGGCUCAUCAUGCAGCCGCUGCUCCAGCAGGCAGGCUUCCUCUCCGCGGACAGCGAAGGCGCCUCUGCUAGCCGGGACAAGGCGAAGCGGGCCGGCGGCGGCCCCGGCGAGUUGGCGGGGCGCCCGGAAGAUGCGGAGGCCCCGGAGCAGAAGGCCGGCGAAGGCGAGCCCCUGGCCGAAGAGGAGGCGGCCCCGGAGGGGACUCCCGAGUGGGAGAGGGACGCCGGCGGCCUCAGUCCGGAGCCUCAGGCGGCGACGGCGGCGGCAGCCCCGGGCAGAGACAUUGUGGCCGUCUGCGAGCGGAGGAUGUCACCGCUGUCUCUGCCUCGUCCCUCGGCAAGCCAGAGCAGGGAUGGAGACGUGAGAAUCCCGGCUGCGUCGUCCAACCCCUUCUUGGUGAACGUGCUACCUUCCUACAUGCGGAAGCCCCCCAGCCUGGAGGAAUGUGAGGUGGUGAUUCGCCAGCUGUGGAACAUUAACCACAUGCAGAUGCAAGAGCUGAUGUACCUGAGAUCAUGCCUGGAUGAUAUACACAAGACCAAAAGAAUUCCUGAAGAUUACAUGUUAGCUGGUCAACUUGGGAGCCAGGAGAGCACGAAGUUACCCAGAAUGAGGAACGCCCCAAAGAAAUGCCGGAUCCUGACCCCGCUGCCUGCUGCCGAAAGAGCCGUGCUGCCCGCCCUGAAGCAGACGCUGGGGAACGCCUUUGCUGAGAGGCAGAAGCGAGCACAAGCCGUUCAGAGGAACAGGCUGCACAGGACCGCCCUGUAGCCAGGACACUCCGCAGCCGCCUGCCCCUGGGACCGCCGUUCAGAGCUCCUCAGGCUGUUUCUGAGGCCUUUCCCCCCUCACCUGAUUUUUGUUAGACUUUGUAUGUAUGCUGGCUUUCAUGCUCACUACACUGCAGAAAGCCACCGUUACAGUGCUUAAUUGCGAAGACGGGUUUGCCUUCAAAAGCAGCGGUUUACUCUGCCUUUAAUACCACAGUUGGAGCUUGGAGGCCAAAUACAGGCAAGCCUGUUAGAUCAAAGGGAUUUGUGAAAAUACAAGUCUGGGUUGGCAAAAAAGCCUGGAUGUUAAAUACUGUAACAAUAGAUUUAUUACAAUAAAACAAAUGCAAUGAUUCGUAUCUGAAAGGUUA